CUCUUGUCUCUUUGCGUUGUAUUUUCCUUUUGAUGACUAUCAACAGUUCCCCUGAGUUUUAUUAACUAUAUCCUUUUUAUCUAUAUGCUUUUGCCCCUAGUCAAUCCGUCCCCUGCAUCCCAGGCUAUUGGGUAUCUAUCACACCACAUGUCGUAUGUGCUGGCUUAGCUCCGCUACGUCAGUAGAUACUUGGAUAGUACCCCCGUGCAGCGCAGUGUCGCAACAUAUCUGCCUCCUAAUCACAACCACAGUGUCUACAUUUUCAAAUCAAGUGUAACCUGCCUGGUUGCGGUUUCGGAGGGGGAAAAUGAUGCACAGAAACAGGUCGAAGGACUCGCAGCGGAAGAGCUCCCCGCCCGGUCCUACAUACAUGUCGAAUGACCAAAUUGCAAACUAUCUGAGUGAUCUCCGGACAAAUCGCCCAGCUCGCCCAAAUGGAUCCAGACCUCUCCCGACCAAACCCCCAGCGUCUAUGUGGAAUCGUAACCGGGAUCUUCCCCCGCGGGCCUCAUCUGCCAUGUCCUCGUAUACAUACUCGGGUGCGCGGCCAUCGGACCCUGACAAUGAGAAUGGUCGUUCAACCAGCGCUCUAUCCCACCGUCGCCCUGACUCCAUGACAUCCUUCGGUAGCUCAGCUGGCCGUCCACUAGUUCAAGAACCGGCGACAACACCAGUCCGGAAACAUGUUUCACCAGCACAUGCUAGUAUCAGAUCAGGUUCUGUCUCUCCUUCCGCUACGUACCGAGAGAGUCCUUAUCGGCGAAUGGAAAGACAAGAGGCGCGUUCGUUGCGAGAUGCCCUAGAGGAAAUGGACCUUAGGGAUGAGGUCCGGAUUUAUAACGCAGCACAGGAUGAAGCUACGGAGCUUGUGUGGAAUCAUAUACAUCCCGGAGUACCGUUCAAAAACUCACGAUCAGAGUUUCGCAACCCUGAUUUGGACAGAUCGAGCAAUGACACAGUGAAAAGCGGCCAUACUAGGAGCGAAAGCUUAAGGGGACCGAGAGAUUCUUUUCGCGCCCGUUCUGGUUUGAAUUUCUCCUCGCUUAGACACAAUAACUCCGAAAGAAGGGGAAGGACAGUUUGGGAAGAAGAUAUUUCCACGGACACGAAGGAUGAUACGUUGCGAAGAAGGAACAGAGUGAACUUUGCAUUACCACUAGAGGAUCAUCCACCAAGUGCUGAAUUUAAAAGCAACUUGCCAAGACCAAGGAACACCAGCAAUGAUUCGUCCAAGGGCAUUUUCAGAAAUCCGAAUGAUCAGAUAUAUGAAGAGCCCCAGGAGUCCCCUCCGCGGACAGAAGAAAAACAUUUGUUUGCUCGAUCCUACCCGUCAGCUCUGAAAGCAAAGCCUCGAAACUCUCUUCCCCGAGGAUCGCGACCGCUCCCAAGUCGAUUCAGCAACCUCCCCUUAGUUGACAAAUUGUCCCGGUUCGAACUUCACAAGCAGUCACCCAGCCAGUCUAGGAAUCCAGAAUACACGACUAAUGAUUCGAUUGCGGAGACUAUCCCUGAACAAGAGAAGAACAAGGCCCCUACUAAGAAUGGCAUUGAGAUCCGAAGUGAUGAUAUCCGUGCGGCUACAAGUAAAAAGCGGGCAGAUCGAAGCAGCAAUUUGCCAAUGCCGACUGCCGUCAGUGAUCGACCGGGCCGACCGAUUGUGAGCUUUGAUCGAACUUGGAAACCGGCUGAGGCACCAUCGGUGAGAGACCGGGAUAUUCUCAGUAAGCGAGAUUCUUCUCCGUCGUCUCCACCAGCUGCGCCUGCUGCCCCAGAGAUCCACAUAUCAGAGGAGCCGCCUAUACCAGUUAUCAAUAUCCCUGCAGACAGGGAACCUACUAUAUCCGAGAUGAUUGCGUCUCAGUCUGCCCAGAAAGAUGACCGCCCAUCAUCAGAUCAAGCAAAGAGCCGAAGUAGAAUUCCCUCCCCCCAAAAGCCCGCACCUGCAUCGCAGGACAAGUGGUACACUCGCUACACAAGAUCGGGAGUUCCGACUGCAACAUGCGCGGCCUGUUCUCUGCCUAUAGCGGGGAAAAUUGUCACUGCUGCAGGGACACGUCUUCAUCCAGAGUGCUUUGUCUGCCACCAUUGCCAAACUCAACUAGAAUGUGUUGCGUUUUAUCAAGAGCCAGACAAUAAGCGAGCUGAGAGACUCGCUCAAGCCUCUGCUGAUGAUGAACAGGCGCAAACUUUGCGGUUUUACUGCCAUCUUGACUACCAUGAACUAUUUAGCCCACGAUGCAAAAGCUGCAAAACCCCAAUCGAGGGAGAGGUAGUCAUAGCAUGUGGCGCUGAAUGGCAUGUCGGCCACUUCUUUUGUGCCGAGUGUGGUGAUCCCUUCGACGCCAAGACGCCGUUCGUCGAGAAAGAUGGCUUUGCAUGGUGCCUCGGAUGCCAUUCUCGCCGCACUGCUCCGAGGUGCCUAGGCUGCAAACAACCGGUGCUGGACGACGUUGUCGUAUCCGCAAUCGGGGGACAAUGGCACGAUAAAUGUUUCGUUUGCAACGAGUGCAAGAGUGAACUUGGAGCCGAUGGUCGAUUCUUUGUGCGAGAAGGCGAACCGAAGCGAACAGGGAAGGGUCGAAUUAUCGGCGGUCCUGUGCUAUUCGCUGUAUGCGAGAGAUGCGAAGGCAUACGACUGAAGGCAUCGCCGCCGCCGAUGAAAUGAUUCUCAACUUUCAGAACAUUUUUGAUAUAUAUAUGAAUUGAAUACGACAAAUUCGCGACAACAAAUGACUCUAGGGAGAAAACUUGAUCUAUGAAGUAUGGUAUUGGAAUUGGUCAGCAUGCUACCCUCCUUUUUCUUCCUUGUUCAAACCAUUUGAAUGCAUACAUUUGAUAACUUAAACUGUUGGGCGGCCUUUCAGUUAUAUUGGAGUUUAUAUCGUGUAGGAUUUUAGCGAGCGAGGGUUUACUUGAUUUCUUUUGUGUUCUAUUUAAAUGGAAAGCAAGCAUGCUGCAGGCUCACACGAGUUUUUGCUUUUUUACUUCCUCGAGUCUCCAGGGUACUAGUUGAAUUGUACUUCAUACAACUCCUUUUUGACAUCCCAAAAAGACUCUAGUUAGGGCACAAAGCACACAAAGAUAUCAUUCACUGU